AAUUGAGUUUGGUAAGAAAUCAAACAAGAAAAAAAUGUCGAAAAUCGAGCACAAAUCGGUUCCCAUCAACGGGCUGCAGAUGCACGUGGCGGAGGUGGGGGAGGGGCCGCUCGUCCUCUUCAUCCACGGCUUCCCGGAGCUCUGGUACUCGUGGCGCCACCAGAUGCGGUUCGUGGCGGCGCACGGCUACCGCGCGGUGGCGCCGGACAUGCGGGGCUACGGCGACACCACGGGCGCGCCGCUCGAGGAGGCGUCGAAGUUCAGCAUAAUGCACCUGGUGGGGGACCUGAUCGCGCUGCUGGACGCGGUGGCGCCGAGCGAAGACAAGGUGUUUGUUGUUGGGCAUGACUGGGGCGCCUACGUGGCUUGGCACCUGGCCAUGUACAGGCCCGACAGAGUCAGGGCUUUGGUCAAUCUCAGCGUGCCGUUUAUCCCCAGGAACCCUGAGAUGAACCCCGUUGACUCGAUGAGGAAAUUGUAUGGUGAUGAUCACUACAUCUGCAGGUUUCAGGAACCUGGUGAUAUAGAAGCUGUGUUUGAGAAGGCUGGCACCAAGGAGGUUCUCAAGAACGUGUUUUCAUACCGCGAUUCUGCUCCAUUUUUCUUCCCUAAGGGCAAAGGAUUUAUCUACUCCUUUGAUAGAGCACCUUGGUUAACAGAGGAGGAUCUUGACUAUUAUGUCAGCAGAUUCGAGAAGACUGGUUUCACCGGAGGAGUGAAUUACUAUCGUGCGUUUGGCUUAAACUGGGAACUGAACGCGCCGUGGUCCGGAGCUGGAGUAACGGUGCCAGCAAAGUUUAUCACCGGGGAAUACGACCUCGUCUAUCACACUCACGGGACCAAAGAUUUCAUACACGGGGGCGGGUUCAAGAAAUUUGUGCCACUGUUGGAGGAUGUCGUCGUGCUCGAAGGUGCUGCUCACUUUGUCAAUCAAGAAAGGCCAGAUGAGAUCAAUGAACAUAUACUUGCUUUCAUCAAGCAGUUCUAAAACAAUCACUGAAAUUUCAUGAGUCUGGGCUUCAAGCUAAUGUAUAAAGCUUCUUCCUCUUCCCUUAAUAAAUGGAUGAAUAAAUGUAGCAUUUGUUGUUCAAGAGAGCUGAUGAUUUGGUGUGCCAUUGUAUAAAUGUGGUAUUCUAUUCCAA